GACAUACAUUACAUACAUAAUUGUGUAGGAAGACGAUAUGCUUUAGUCUUUCGCGCUAGCGACUGCAAUCACAUCUCCGAGGCCAAACACCUUUCUCAAAAAUGGUAGACCUCACCCGUCCUAUCGUGUGGUUCUAUUUGCCAGUCACUAUAACCUGGAUCUGCUUUGUCAUUUCGGUCGGCAAUCCCCAAUACUUCAUUGACUACAACUGGCUAUGGCUCUUGUUCCGGAGCAUGUCCCCCUACUUCUGGUCGGCGCUUGGCGUGGCGCUGGCCGUAGGCAUGUCCAUUCUGGGCGCUGCCUGGGGCAUCUUCAUCACCGGGUCCUCGCUGGUUGGAGCGGCUAUCCGUGUUCCUCGCAUUACGUCUAAGAAUUUGAUCAGCGUCAUUUUCUGCGAGGCCGUGGCCAUCUACGGCGUUAUUGUGGCUAUCAUCCUUCAAACGAAAAUUGAGCGCGUGGACCCGGUCGAUGGCGUGUAUGACAAGUACGCGCUGGCGGCAGGCUACUCGAUCUUCGGCUCUGGUGUCACUUGCGGUUUCGCCAACCUGGUCUGCGGCAUGUGCGUGGGCAUUGUCGGCAGCAGCUGCGCCCUCUCGGAUGCUCAGAACAGCACCCUCUUCGUGAAGAUUCUGGUGGUGGAGAUUUUCGGCAGCGCACUGGGGCUAUUCGGCGUCAUCAUCGGCAUCAUCAUGAGUGGUGGUGUGAAGUGGGCAGCGUAAAGAUUAGCAUGCUGGGGCCAUGAUGUAUGUAACCUGUGUGUAUAUUGUGGGGGGGGGGCGGGGAGGGGUUCUGGGGAUACGUUCCGCUCAGGGAUUUGCAUGGGGCAGACACCGUGGACCUGCGAGUGCGUAUGUUGUCGGGUAACCAGCAAGGGGAAAGGGUGGUGUCUCCGUCCACGGAAAGGUGGGUGCGCCACGGAUUGUUCUGGCGUAAUUGCGCUAUCGUCCAGCUUAGGGACGUGUUUUGGUGACGCUGGCUGUGACGUACCCACGAGGCGGGGCAGGGAUUGGAGCGUGCGUUAGUUUGGCUGUGAGUGAAUGAGAUGACGAGAGACAUGCGAGUGCGAGCGUGGCGUUGGGUCCGGAACGGUCAUGGAUAGGAAAUGAAGUCCCGCAUGGGAGCUGCACUGGAUGUAUCACAGUAUCAGAGGUAAUGAGCACGGUCCCCUAAGCCUGUGCAUACCGUAGCGGUGACCUCGCUGCGCGCUGGCAGUUCGGUUGAGCAUCCUGCUGUACGGUGGAGCAGCAUCUGAUGAGAGGGGAAGCCUGCCCUCGUCUCCUCCAACGGAAGACCCUACAGAGUGGCCAGUGCUGCCUGCCUGUGGUGCCCAGCGUUGCAAGGUCCCGGCGUCGUGAGUGUAAUGGACCAUGCGAAGUGGGCACGGAGGGGCAGACAUGAUGUGCAUCAAUUUCCCGGGCUCAGCAUAGCGGAAAUGAGCUGGUCGCGUAGUCAGCCGUAGUGGGCGUCGUUGGAGGCGGUGUCACGCAAUGGCGGCGCUGCCACUCCCCCAUUCAUCUAAGAGUCUCCCAGCAG